AUGGCGACACCAUCUGAGAUAAGUUUGGAGGAAGCUGCAGAAGAUGUAAAACUUCAUAAAAUACAUGAUGAAGAGUUCUUUUCAGAGCUUGAUAAAUUUUCUACGUUUGAUCAAUUUUGUAAUGGAAUCAGGCGUAAUGUACGUUUCAAUCCUAAAAAAGUCGAAGAUGUUUGCAUUAAGCUAAUACGUCAUUUAUAUAGGUUAAGUAAAGCGAAUUCUCCGAAACACAGUAAUUACUGCAAUUAUAUACGUUAUUGGUUAUUUGAGCAAAUAGGUGUACUUUGUACUAGCGAAUCUGGAAGCAUUGGUGAUGAAGCUUUUUUUAAAGAACUUAUUGAUACAUGGAAACAAUUUAAUAUGUUAAUAUUAAGAAAUAAAUGUAGUCCGGAAGAAAUAAAAGGUGUUAAAUUAAGUGAAUUAAAAAAGAGGAUAUUUUCCGUAUAUUUAUUUUGA